GACGCAGGUCAUGUGACCUGUGCUCUGCUUUUUACAGCAGCUCUCAGCGACUCUUUGUCACUUUGUUCCGUGAACACAGCGACAUGGCUUCAUCCUUCCUCAGCGUCUCCCUCCUCUUCAUCAGCCUCCACGCAGCAGAUGGAUUCAUGACGGUUAGUGUGGAUCGUUGUGUCUUUAACUCCACGGAGCUGAAGGACAUCGAGUUCAUCAGGUCUUAUUACUACAACAAGAUGGAAUAUGCGAGGUUCAGCAGCUCAGUGGGGAAGUUUGUUGGAUUCACUGAGUACGGAGUGAAGAACGCUGAAGACUGGAACAAAGACCCUUCAAAACUGAGUGCUAUGAGAGCUCAGAAGGAGACCUACUGUCAACACAACAUCCAGAUCUGGUACGACAAUGUGCUGACUAAGUCAGCUGAGCCCUACGUCAGGCUGCACUCUGAGACGCCCCCUGGUGGUGGAUCUUCGUCCAUGUUGGUCUGCAGCGUCUAUGACUUCUACCCCCAGACCAUCAUAGUGAGGUGGACCAGAGACGGAAGGCCAGAGACCACCGGGGUCACCUCCACCGACGAGCUGGCAGACGGGGAUUGGUACUACCAGACCCACUCCCACCUGGAGUACACGCCCAGGUCUGGAGAGAAGAUCUCGUGUGUGGUGGAGCACAUCAGUCUGAGUAAACCUCUGGUCACCGACUGGGACCCGUCCAUGCCCGAGUCUGAGAGGAACAAGGUGGCCAUCGGAGCCUCAGGACUCAUCCUGGGUCUGACCUUGUCUCUGGCUGGAUUCAUCUACUACAAGAGGAAAUCCACAGGACGGAUCCUGGUCCCCAAUCACUGAACCUGGUCCUGGUCUUGGUUCUGGUCCUGCUGCUCUUCAGAUGGAAGGAGAAGCUGGACCGCUGCUGGAUCCGGUUCUGGAGAUCCCAGCUGGAUGUGGACUCUGCUUCUUCUACGUGUGAUUCUCAGCUUUUCUGUUUGAAAUCAGCGACUCGAUGACUUUAAAUGAGAUGUGAUCCAGUUGUUUGGAGGGUUCUGGACUCGUUGGUUCUGUGAUUUUUACUUUCAGCGAUUUCUACUGCAGUGAAACCUUUUCUAAACACAAUAAACCUUCACAAAACUC